AUGUUAGCUGUACUUCUUUUGUUGAAAUUGGAGCGGAGUUUUAGUCUGAUGUCCAUACUCAAAAGCCUUUCCCCGUCAGCAAAGCAUCACAGUCAGAAACGGCGUCUGUCUGUUCUGGAUCUCUUGAUGGAGUUGAAUACUCAAAACGAAAGGAGAAGGGAAUCAUGAAGAUGACUGUGCCAAGGACACUUGCUUUCUGCUAUCUGUCGUUACUUUGGCAGAGAGAAACAAUAACGCUUUCAGAUCUUUUGAGAUUUGUUGAGGAGGACCAUAUUCCUUAUGUAAAUGCUUUUCAGCAUUUUCCAGAAGAGAUGAAAUUAUAUGGGCGUGACAAAGGAAUCUUUGCUGUAGAGUCUUGGCCUGACUAUGAGGAUAUCUAUAAAAAAACAAUUGAAGUUGCUACAUUUUUAGACUUGCCUCGUUUUCCAGACAUAACUGAAGACUGCUAUCUUCACCCCAACAUCUUGUGCUUGAAAUACUUGAUGGAAGUCAAUCUCCCUGAUGAAAUGUACAGCUUAACCUGCCAGGUGGUAAAAAUGACUGGAAUAGGAGAAGUGGAUUUUCUGACAUUUGAUCCUAUAGCUAAAAUGGCAAAAACUGUUAAAUAUGAUGUACAAGCUGUAGCUCUCAUUGUAGUGGUAUUGAAACUGCUCUUUUUAUUGGAUGACAAUUUAGAAUGGUCUUUGUCUAGUCUUGCUGAAAAACAUAAUGAAAAGAACAAAAAUGAUAAGCCGUGGUUUGAUUUCAGAAAGUGGUACCAAGUUAUGAAGAAAACUGUUGAUGAGAAAAAACAAAAAUGGGAGGAAGCAAGGGCAAAGUACGUGUGGAAAAGUGAAAAGCCACUCUACUAUUCAUCCGUUGACAAACCAGUAGCCUAUAAAAAAAGAGAAAUGGUGGUGAAUCUACAAAAACAAUUUAGCACACUGGUUGAUUUGACACCAACUACUGAAAAAAAAAAACCUUCAAGUUUUCAGUUCAACUGGAUUGAAGAAGACACAGAUAGAACGUGUUUCCAUGGACACAGCCUCCAGGGAGUCCUGAAAGAGAAGGGCCAGUCACUGCUAACCAAGAAUUCAUUAUAUUGGCUUAGUACACAGAAAUUCUGUAGAAGCUAUUGUAAACAUGUGACAACCUAUGAAGAAUCCAAUUUUUCAUUGAGUUAUCAGUUUAUAUUAAAUCUCUUCUCCUUCCUGCUAAGAAUAAAGGCCUCCCUUCUCCAUGAAGAAGUAAGCUUAAUUGAAAAGAAACUCUUUAAAAAAAAAUACACUAUAACAAAAAAGAAAUCUUCAAGAUCCAAGAAAGUGAGAAGAUAAUGAGAAAAAAGAAAUAGAAGCUUUUUUGAAAAAAUAUUUUGGUUUGGUUUUUGUUCGUUUGUUU